AUGGAGAAAAGAAUACUCUUCGGCUUCGCUUCCAAGGGAGGCACAGGAGCAGCCAUGGCGGAGGAAGUCUACGCGUUGGCCUCGGAAGCCGUUGAUGAUUCUGUGGACCUUGUUUUGCCGGAUGAACUCAAUAAUCUCGCGGAAAGCGUGAUCAGCGAAACGAUACCGACUCUUCUGGUCGUCAUUGCGUCCUCGACUGGGCAAGGAGAGCUCCCUCCGAAUGGUGCCCAGUUUCUUUCGAAAAUCGAAAAAGUAGAGAAGCUGCAUCAAACUGACUUCUGCAUGCUCUGCCUUGGCGAUUCGAACUACACGACGUUUAUGGACGGACCGCACGGGCUUCUCAAAGCGAUGCUCCGCGCUGGCAUGAGACUUGUCGAUCAGAUUGUCGAAGCUGACGAUUCGAACAACGAUGCUUUUGCGGAUGCCACAGACAAAUUCAUCGAAGGCAUCGAAGGUCUCGUCAGAAAAUGGGUUAACAAUGAGCUCACUCAAAGUGUCGAGCCAGUUUUCCAUCCCCUCUCGAGCACCAGUCAAAAAGCCAAGCAAGCAUCUCAGUACGACGCAGUUAUUGAGCUGAUUCGUAGAAGCGAUCAUGUCGCCGCUUCAACCGCCUUGAAAAUACCGAAAAUGCCAGAACCAGCGUUUGAAAUAGCUACCGACGAUUCUCAGGAAACCUAUUCUCCUCCUAGAAAUUUUUCCGAGAUUCAAAAUGGUGCAGCUUUUGAGCCAGUUUCGUCGCCAAUUUACGAAUGCACGGUACUCAAUGGCAAGCGGCUAACCUCGGUUCAAGCGGAAAAACAAGCCUGGGAAAUCAGCCUUUCUUUGCCAGAGAGCACCCGCUGUGGAAGUGAUAACGGGCGAGAGUUGCAUUGCGGCGAUUGCGUGGCACUAUUCACGCCAAAUGAUCCAAAAGAAGUGGAGCUGGCGAUGAAGGCAUUUGGAGGGACGGACGUUGCUGUCUUCGCAAAAGGGGGAAAGAGACCAAGCUGGUUUCCCGAGCGCGCCAGUCUCAAAAAUCUGCUAGAGUAUCACGUGGAACUCCGCACGCCCGUUUCGAAGACCAUGCUCGGCCAUUUAAUGAAUAGCUGUACUUCUAGCGACGUGAAAAGACGCCUUGGAGAGUUUGUGAGUCGUGAAGGGAAGGAGAUUUACCGCGCAUUGCUCGACAAUCAAGUUACAUUCGUCGACUUGCUAGUGGCCUUUCCCCAGUUGAGCCCAAAACUGUCGAUUCUCGCCUAUCUCAAAAGACUGCAGCGGAGGUGGUACUCGAUCGCCAACUGGAUCGACUACUCUCAAGCUGUCGAUUCAAGAGUGAUAAGAAUCGCUUUCACAGAAGUGUCGCUUCCAAAACCAGGCUUGAUGACGAACCAAUUGGCGCGGAUCAUCGACAAUUUGAAGGAACAUGAGGCUGGUGAUCUCCCUUUUGGUCCCUGUAGAAAUAAAGUGAUUUUGGAAUGCCGAGAUCCGCCCCCAAACAUGUUCCGUUUAGACGAAACGCCAAAUGUGCCGAUUCUGAUGAUCGCGGCUGGAAGCGGAAUUGCACCCUUCAUCGGCUUUUUGGAAAAAAUCGCAAGCAUUGACGGAAAAGAAGCGAGCCUGAUUUUCGGAUGCAGAAAUGAACAUUCGCACAUCUACAAAGAUUCGAUGCAGAAACGACUAGAAGAAGGGACGCUCAAGAAUCUAUGGAUAGCGAUGUCGAGGGAAGGAAAUAAAAAAUAUGUGCAGGAUAUUCUUUUAGACGAGAAGGAUUAUGUGAAAGAACUAUUAGAGAAAAACGGUCUAAUAUACAUUUGCGGCGAUGCCGCUGGAAUGGGAAUCGGCAUUAGAAAUUCACUUGUUGAAAUUCUCGGUGACGCAAAGUACUGGGAAUUGAUGAAGAACAAGACGAUACGAGAAGACUUGUGGAGAUGA